AUGGCCCGUGGUCGCCGCACUUUCCUUCAAGGCGUCAAUCCUCUCGUCACCUCCUGUAAGGGUUUGACUUGUUGGGCCACUCGCCGCGGUGGAGGUGACGUGGUCAUCUCCAACCCUAUCACCGGCGAGUACAUCUUGGCCAACACCAACGCGCGUGGGAGGAAAAGCUACCGAGAGGUGGCUUCAAUUUUCGUAGGCCUCGGGUUCAGCCGCCGCACCAACACUUUCGAGCUCUUGAAAAUGACGAUCGGGUUGGCCGACCAGAACGACUUCUCCAUGACCUGGUACCCAGAGCUUCUCGCCCUGGGUGCCAGGUCAUGGAGGCGCGCCGGUGUGGCACCGCAGCUCGAUUUCUCGAGAAUGAUUUACGACUUGAUGUACGUGGACGACGGCACUAUGUACUGGCGGUACAAAAACGAGCCCUCGAUUUGCGCCUUCGAUUUCGACCUAACCCUCUUCCGGGUCGUGGACCUACCCGAAUUCGAGGGUCCGGUUCUCAAAACGGUUAGUUUGGGAGUGUUGGACGAUACUCUCUGCGUGUCGUUCGUUUCUCCCGAUGAUAGCCACGUGGAGUUGUGGUCGGCUAGUAAGACGGUGGUUGAUCACAAUGGUGGGGCCCACGGUACAGGACAAACGACUAAUUGGAAGAAACUUUACCAUAUCGAGACUUUGACCACGAUGCUCGAGAAUAGUGGGAGGGUUUGGUCGAGGGGAGCAUACCGACCGAUAAUGUAUGUGGAAAAUAAUAAGAUACUGAUGCAUGAUUGGCGGACUAAUUUCCUUAUGUACGAUGUAGUGACGGGGAGCGAGAGCGUAUUCCCUAUUACAGAGGAUAUACGCGAUGAGGAUGGGCAUAGGAUGGCGGUGCAAGUGGUUUCUCAUGUACCCAACAUCAUUUCCAUGAGGGAGACGUUGAACAUUCAACAAGGCAGUUAUGUUAGGGUUUAUUGCACUGAUUCGAGGUAA